AUGUACCCGAUACCCGACGAUCCUGGCCUGGUGCCAGCGUUCUGGACCGUUCACGAGCAUCAGACCACUUAUCCCGACGACGGCGCGGAGAAGUUUUUCGAUAUGGCGGAAACGUUCAAAAUCCAGUCUAUAAAGGCUUUGGGGGACAUGAUGCUGUCCAAUGAAAUCAAACUGCAAUAUUACGGGGUGGACCCGCGGGCUAUCAGGCUCCUCUGCGAAGCUCUGAUGAACAACAUCACGGUGAACACUAUUAAUCUCACGGACAACUGGUUGUCGGAGGACUCCUGCUAUCACCUGAACGAUUUGCUCCUAAAAAAUAGCUACGUGGAGACUCUGUUGCUAUCGGGAUGUCGAAUCGGCGCGAAAGGUGUCGCGAGGCUUCGGGACGGAAUUUCAGACAGCACGACGUUGAUAAGACUGGACCUGGACAGUUGUAAUAUUCGCAACGAGGGCCUCGAUUAUCUUACAACAGCGGUCUGCGAGAACAAGAGCCUCGAGAGUCUGUCGUUGGCCGACAAUCACCUGGACGAGUCUUGUGCGGACGCUCUGCAAAAAUUGGUCUCGUGCUCGAAGACGUUGAGAGUUUUGGGGCUGUCGUGGAAUUCUCUGUACACCGCGGAAACUUGGAAGAAAUUGAUCAAGGGGAUCGAGAGAAACGAGACUUUGAUCGAUCUUGAUUUAUCGUGGAACGCAUUGGGCAAAGAAUGCGUCCACUAUCUUCGACAACUCCUGUCGCGUUCUCCAGCACUGAAGAAAUUAAAUCUAAGUGGAAAUCAGUUCUACGACGAGAAUGCCACGAUUAUCGCCAGAGGUUUGGCGAGAAACGCGGUAUUGGAAGAGCUGUAUUUGGGUAACAACCCCUUGAAAGCGGAGGGUGCGUUCGUUCUUGUCAGAGCAGCCACUCCGAAAAGGUCGCCCGAAAGUCGGUUGCGCGUUCUGGACCUCACGAACGUUUGGGCGAAUAAAGCUAUACUACACGAGCUGAAUGCAAUCGCGAACGACAGGCCGUGGCUCGAAGUUAAGCUGGGAGGGAUACUAAGCAACUACGAGAUCCACGGCCCAGACGUGAAAGCGUUACUUUUCAAGAGAGCGAACUUCGAAGCUAUGAGGCCUAAGAGAAAACGACAACGCAGGAACUUUGGUCAUUUCGUCCUGUCGCUGACCGAGGAACCUAUUUCGAGAAGUACAUUUAUGGAACUCGUGAGGCGCUUCCGAAUGAAGCUCUCAAAGACUCUGGUAGAUGCAAUUAUGAAUGAAUUUGUUGGAAUAAGAAAUACUGUGGACCAAGAAUUAUUAAAAUCGGUUUACAUGACACAAUACCCAGAUACAACACUUCCGCCGGAAAGACCCAAAAAGAAGAGGAAAGGUAAAAAAAAGGGUCUAAAACGGAAAAAGAAGGUGAAAGCAAAAGAGUAA